UAUCCGUUCUAUAAUUCGCUAACUCCAAUGUUCAGUUGCAAUUUGUAAUCGCCGCAGUUUUGUGUUCAUUGUUAUUGUGUUUCUGAAUAUAAUGGACAUACAAUUUUAAAAAUCGUCGCGGCACGACGACAACAACACUGCAGCUGUCAGCUUGUCUUGAGUUGUGACGGGAAUCGAUUGUCAAAAAUAUUUUUGAUUUUUGGAUUUGGUUGUCUAUUAAAUAUUUAAAAGUUGGUUUAAAAUUUAAUGCCUUAAUUUAUUAAUGGCUUCUGAUGAGAAUCUAAUUAUCAAAGAAGUAAUUUAUGCUGGGACCAAAUCAGUUACUUUUAAGGAUGGUACCAAGGUCCAUUUUCACUUUCAAACAAGACUAUGUAAUAAUGAGAAAACUUUAUUGGACGAUUCCAGAAAACUUGGAACUGGAAAGCCUAUGGAACUCGUUUUAGGGAAAAAAUUUAAGCUAGAAGUAUGGGAAACUGUUGUUCAGUUAAUGGCACUUAAUGAAGUAGCCAAAUUUACUGUUGACAAAAGUCUAGUGUUAGAGUACCCAUUUGUAUCAAAAACACUUAGAGAUUUACAAAAACCAAAAGAAGAAAGGACAGGGCAUGUUUGUGCUAUGACUAUGCAAACCAGUGGUAUAGGAUAUGAUGACCUGAAUCACUGGCUAAAGAAUCCUACAAAUUUAGAAUUUUUGUUAGAACUUGUUAAAGUUGAACAACCAGAUUCAUAUGAGAAGGAUACAUGGCAAAUGGGCGAAACUGAAAAAAUUGAAUUGGUUCCAAAAUUAAAAGAACAAGGGAACAAUGAAUAUAAAGCCAAAAAUUACAAAAAGGCUUCAGAUCUGUAUGCAAAGGCUUUAGGCAUUUUAGAACAAUUAAUGCUUAGAGAAAAACCACAUGAUGUUGAAUGGAAUCAAAUGGAUGAACAAAAAGUUCCCAUACUAUUAAAUUAUGCCCAAUGCAAAUUAAAUGAAGGAGACUAUUAUGCAGUCAUCGAACAUUGCACAAACAUUUUAAAAUCAGACAAAGAUAAUGUUAAAGCUUAUUUUCGUCGAGCAAAAGCGCAUGUAGGUGCUUGGAACCCAGCUGAAGCAAAAAGGGAUUUUGAAAGGGUCAUGGAAAUCGAUGACUCUCUAAUACCUCUUGUAAAAAAGGAACUUUUGAACCUGGAACAACUAGUUAAAGAGCACAAUUCCAAAGAUAAGGGAAGAUACAGCAAGCUGUUUACUUGAAAAUAUUUUUAAUUUAUUUCAUAUUUUAUUUUCUGUUAUUUAAGUAUAAUAUAUAUUUACCAUUUGA